AUGAGCCGUUCGCCGUCGCCAGAUUCUCCACCAGCGGUAAGAGACGACGAAGAAAAGGAUGCAAGAGAGCAGUCAGAUUCUCCAACAUCAAACACUGAUGAUCCCAAGAGUCCUUCAGAAUCACCUAAAUCAAACCGAUCUCAGGAAUCGUCUCGUAAAGAUAGUCGAGAGUCGGGGAAGCGUCGCGACAGUCACGAGGACGAAAAGAUGCCACUAACACCGCCCAAUAGAAGUUCGGAAGCUUCUCCACAACACAGACGUCACCGAGAGUCCCGCUCCCCUUCGCGUUCACGAUCCCGGUCCCACCGUUCCCAUUCGCGGUCCCAGUAUCGCCGUUCCCGCUCGCGGUCUAGGGAUCGCCGUUCUCGCUCGAGAUCUAGGGAUCGCCGUUCUCACUCGCGAUCUCGGGACCGCCGCUCUCCUGCUCGAAGAAGAUCUCCAGUUCGCGCUAAAUCUCCAGCACAAGCUGUAAAACCAACUGAAGAACCAGAGAAAAAGAAAAAUGAUCCGAAGGAUCUUCUUCGAACACGGACUGGAGGAGCAUACAUCCCACCGGCCAAAUUGCGUCUGAUGCAACAACAAAUCACCGACAAGUCGAGUGAGCAAUACCAGCGCAUGAACUGGGAAAGAAUGAAGAAGAAGAUUCACGGAUUGGUAAACAGAGUCAACGCCAAAAAUCUUGUACAAAUUGUAAGAGAGUUGCUCCAAGAGAAUGUGAUCCGUUCAAAAGGACUUUUGUGCCGUGACAUCAUUCAAGCUCAAGCUUUCUCCCCAGGAUUCUCCAACGUCUACGCUGCCCUUGCUGCAGUGAUCAAUUCUAAGUUCCCUCACAUCGGAGAACUCUUACUUCGUCGUCUUAUCGUUCAAUUCAAAAGAAGUUUCCGCAGAAAUGACAGAGGUGUCACUGUGAAUGUGAUCAAGUUUAUUGCUCAUCUGAUUAAUCAGCAAGUGGCUCACGAAGUUCUUGCGUUGGAAAUCAUGAUUCUCAUGCUCGAGGAACCAACAGACGAUUCUGUGGAAGUGGCUAUUGCUUUUCUGAAAGAAUGUGGAGCCAAGCUCAUGGAGAUUGCUCCAGCUGCUCUCAACAGUGUCUACGACCGUCUUCGUGCGAUUUUGAUGGAAACCGAAAGAUCGGAAAAUGCAUUAGAUCGACGUAUCCAGUAUAUGAUCGAAACUGCGAUGCAGAUUCGAAAGGACAAAUUCGCGGCGUAUCCAGCGGUCGUCGAAGACUUGGAUUUGAUUGAAGAAGAAGAUCAGAUCAUCCACACACUCAACUUGGAAGAUGCUGUUGAUCCGGAGAAUGGACUCAAUGUGUUCAAACUAGAUCCAGAAUUCGAAAAGAACGAGAACGUCUACGAGGAGAUUCGUAAAGAAAUCAUCGGAGAUGCAGAUAUUUCUAGUGACGAGGAAGAGGAAGUAGAAGACGAUGAUGAGGAAAGUGAAGCGGAGGAAGCUCCCAGGAAGACAACAGAAAUCAUUGAUAACACCGAUCAAAAUCUCACUGCUUUCAGAAGAGAAGUCUACCUGACAUUACAGUCAUCGCUCGACUACCAAGAAGCUGCUCACAAAUUGCUCAAGAUGAAAAUUCCAGACAAUCUUCAAGUAAAUGUCAUAUUAAAGUUUAUUCAAAAAAAAAGUGAAUUUCAGAACGAACUGUGCGCUAUGCUCGUGGAUUGCUGUGCUCAACAACGUACCUACGAACGUUUCUAUGGAAUGCUCAUUGAGAGAUUCUGCCGUCUCCGCUUAGAAUAUCAACAAUGUUUCGAGAAGCUCUGUCAAGACACGUACGCCACUGUUCACAGAAUUGACAUCACCAAACUGAGAAAUUUGGCUCGUCUUGUUGCACAUCUGCUAUCUACUGAUGCUAUUGAGUGGAAGAUUCUGGCAGAUGUCAAGAUGACCGAAGAAGACACGACCUCUGCUGGGCGAAUUUACAUCAAGUUUAUCUUCAUGGAACUCGUUGAAGCAAUGGGGAUGGUGAAACUGCACACCAGAGUUACAGAUCCAACUCUCGCACAUUGCUUCGUGGGUAUGUUUCCCCGUACGGAUCCGCAAGAUGCGAGAUUUGCAAUCAACUUCUUCACAAUGAUCGGUCUUGGAGGAUUAACAUUGGAACUCCGCGAAUGGUUGAACAGAGGCCUCAAAAAGAAGAAAGGAAUAAUCGAUGAAUUGAAAGCCGCACAGAGUAGCUCUGAUUCUUCAUCGGAUUCGUCGGACUCGUCUGAUUCUUCGGAUUCAUCUGGUUCGUCGGACUCGUCCGAUGAUUCUAGUAGCAGCUCAUCAUCCGAUUCAUCAAAGGAACCUCCUAAAAAGAAGAAAAAGAGUGGAACCGUUUUAAAGAAAAAGGAGACAGAUACCAAUGACCAUAAAGAGGCUCGUGGAGAUUCGAGAGCUGAAAGACGUAAUGAUGAGGAGAAAUUGAAGCGACGAUCCGAUGAGGGUCGUCGCGAUAGAAGCGCCGAAAAUCGAGAGCCACGACGAGGUCGAGAUCGUCGUGAUUCUGGAGAUGAUCGUCAUGAUCGUGGCCGUAGAGAUCGCAGCAAAGAAAAGGAAGAUCGUGGAGACAAACGUAGUCAACGCCAUGACUCCAGAGAAGAAGACCGUCGGGAACGCAAGGAUCGAGAUCGCAGAGAUCGUAGCGAGGAAAGGGACAAUCGUCGUGACAGAAAAGAAAGAAGCCGAAGCCGUGAUCGUCGGGAUCAUCGUGAUCGAAGCAGAAGUCGUGAAAGGAAUGAAAAGAGAAGGCAUGAUGAUGAUCGUCGUCGCGAAGAGAAGGUUGGAUCUGAUGACAGACGCCGUCGGCAUUGA